GACCUGACGAGGCCGACAGCACUUUUUACAUGCUGUCAGUGCAUCAAAAUAUGUCACAAAGUGCAUUAAAAAUUAGAAACAAACAAUCCAGCCAGCUGAUGAAACGCGAAGCCAUUUUUAUAUAACUUCAAAAGAGCACAAACAACAAACCAAUUCAAUCAUGGGCGGUUGGAUGAUGGAGGUCGGCAGAAUGGCCCUGUACAUGACGUUCCCGGUGGCGAUGUUUUAUUGGUUCAAUCAGCCGGAGUAUUUCGAAAAGUGGGUUACUGAAACAAAGCGACAGAUCUAUCCGCCGGAGAACAAAGAACACCGGGAAGCAAUCGAGCAGUGUAUCCGGAAUAUGAGGGAGAAAAAGGAUCGGGAAUUGUUCGCAGCGCUAGAAGAGAUGGAGCGGAAGGAAAAGCAGUAAGAUUAUUCAUCUGUACAUACAAAUAGCGAAUAAAUAUUUAAGAUUUAACACA